ACAGGGUGUUAAAUGUGUUGGUAUUUGACUGCUCUCUCUGGUUUCUCUUGACCACUCCAGUCUGUUGCUCCUGAUCCCCCCACAAUCUGUUUGCUCCUUGCACAUGGAUAACACCUUCCUGGGACUCCCAGCAGCUUAGCUGGGGCUCUCUAAGCACAUUGACAAUUAAUACCAAUCCAUCCAACAAAACAUGAAGACUAAAACAAAAGGAAAGAAACAAAGGCAAACCACUGACAAAGAAACGUUUUCCGAAGAGCCAGCAAUGAGAAAAAAGGAACUGGUGAAAUGUUUGCGACGCAAAGAAAGGAGGAAUGGGGGGAACAAGGAGAGCAACAAGAGCCCCACAGGCAGAGGCAGGCGUGCUUGGAGCAGCAAGGACAGGCUGCUGAGGAGGCUGGAGAGCAACGAGCGCGAGAGGCAGAGGAUGCACAAGCUCAACAACGCCUUCCAGGCCCUGCGCGAGGUCAUCCCUCACGUGAGGGCCGAGAACAAACUUUCCAAAAUAGAGACUCUCACUCUGGCCAAAAACUACAUUAAAUCCUUGACCUCCAUUAUACUCAAUAUGUCCAACGGACACUUUCCAGCAGUAGAAGGGAUGGGGGCAGCCUGGGGAUCCAAAUUGUACCAGCAUUUUCAACAGCAGCAUGGGGAGGAUGACCAUGAGGAAAAUCUACAGAAAUGUUCCACAUAGAUUCAUAACUUCAGCCAAAACACCAACUGCCAGAUACUACUGUCAUUGUUUUUCCUUCUUACAUCAUAAUACAUGUCAUUACCUAGAGGUUUAAUGAGAUUAUUUUUGCCUCCAGUCUCUCCUUUUCUUUUCUGAAAAAGACAAACAGAUAACCCUCGUGACUAUAGUUUAUAUGUCACAUUAAAAAUUACCUUAAACCCUCAGAAUUUCUCAGAGCAUAAUGAAUGUGUUUGUGUGGUGUGCCAGGGUCUGGAACACUAUCCUGUAACACUGGAGUUGACUUGAAAAUGUGAUUUAGUAACUUCUGAAAAUUAUCCCACCUGGA